UCCUGGAGCUAACCGGAGAGUGAGGAAAGCGGGCGGAGGACGAGGUUCUGAAGGAGGGAGGCCCAGAGUACUCUGGGAAAUGUAGUCCAGUGAGCUUAGCAGAAGAUUCGCGGUGGGCGCCGGGGUUCCGGGAAGAGGCUGAGCUGGGUUGAAAAAAGACUGCGACUAUGCCUUUUAACUCUGUAGCUGGAGCACAGGAAGUGUUUGUUUAAUGACUGACCUAUCCAUUUAGGACCUAUUUAGACCCAGAGGAUUACCCCGUGAAUUAGUUCUAGAUCUCCAUCAUGUAAUAAUCAUACAUCUAAUGACUUCGACAUCUCUAUGUGACCCAAAUGAGUCCUUUGUAUCACCAUUCAUUUAGAACGCAUGCUGACAAUUGACCUCGUAUUUGUAGCUGAGGUUUUUCCCCUCCAGCUUUUCCUCCUCUGCUAUUUCUAACAGCUGGCAACAGUUCAUUGGGUCUGGCCCUUGGGGUUGAUCUCAGGAUGCUGCGGCGAAAACCAACCCGCCUGGAGCUGAAGCUUGAUGACAUUGAGGAGUUUGAGAGCAUUCGAAAGGACCUGGAGAACCGUAAGAAACAAAAGGAGGAAGUGGAUGUGGUAGGAAUCAGUGAUGGAGAAGGUGCUGUUGGGCUCGGCAGUGACCCCAAGAGCCGGGAACAAAUGAUUAACGAUCGAAUUGGUUAUAAACCCCAACCCAAGCCCAACAAUCGUUCAUCUCAAUUUGGAAGUUUUGAAUUUUAGAGGCAGAUUAUCUUGCAUGCCAGAGCUCGGGAAUGGAGCAAAAGGAUGGCAGAAGUUCGAAUAAGAUAGAGAACUGAGUGCUGGAAAUCAAGCAGAAUGUCUUACCUCCUGCAGAGAAAUACUUCUUUCCUUCCAAGUGGAAAUCCAAACUCUAGUUUCUCUCUGGAAAAUCUGACUCUAUAAAACUUGUCUGACUUUUGUUUUUAAAAAUAAAUCUAUUUUUGGAAAAGUGUGCAACACCCUCA